AUGGCCCCUCCUAUUUAUAGUGCCUUCAACGGAGAAAUCGAUGGUGAAAAUCUACCUUUUGUGUUUGAUAUAUGGGCAACCGAUCUCAAUUCCUAUUAUCCUCAUCAACCUAUUUCGGAGAGUAACAGUUCUACCUUAGUUCUUCCCUUUUGCGACGGAACCAUAAGGGAUAACAAAAGGGUGAAGAGAACCGUUGGAAUCCCCGUCAGUUGGUUAGGAAGUUUUAGCAGCAAUUCCCAUAGUUUACUCAACACUAAUUCCAACAACAGCAAUAGGAAUAGGGAUAGCAUACCGAAGCUCCAUUUCAGAGAUCACAUACGGACUUACACUCAAAGAUAUCUCGCAGCGGAACCAGAAGAAGAGGUAUCAGAAGAUACAAAUAGUUCAGAAAGUGGUGGAGCUGAAGAAGAUGGUUGUCAUGAUGGAGUGAGGCUCGUUCAACUUCUAAUAGCAUGUGCGGAAGCAGUGGCUUGUCGAGACAAAUCACACGCUUCCAUAUUACUAUCCGAACUCAAAGCCAACGCGUUAGUAUUCGGAUCUUCGUUCCAAAGAGUUGCUUCGUGUUUUGUUCAAGGUCUAACCGAGAGGCUCAAUCUGAUUCAGCCCAUCGGGCCCGUUUCCCCGAUGCCACCCAUAAUGAACAUCAUGGACGCAGCCUCGGAAGAAAUGGAGGAAGCAUUCAGGUUGGUUUACGAGCUGUGUCCGCACGUCCAAUUCGGGCACUUUGUGGCUAAUUCCAUAGUAUUGGAAGCCUUUGAGGGUGAGAGUUUUCUCCAUGUCGUGGACCUUGGAAUGAGUCUCGGUCUAAGACAUGGACACCAAUGGAGAGCACUGAUGCAGAGCCUUCGUACAGACGACCAACAUGUUCGUCGUCUGCGAAUCACGGGGGUAGGGCUCUGCGACAGACUCCAAUCCAUUGGCGACGAACUCUCAAUAUAUGCAACUAAUUUAGGCAUCAACUUCGAGUUUUCAGUGGUGAAAAAGAAUUUGGAAAGUUUGAAACCGGAGGACAUAGAAGUGAGGGAAGAAGAGGUUCUUGUGGUGAACAGCAUUCUGCAGCUGCAUUGCGUGGUAAAGGAAAGCCGUGGGGCUUUGAAUUCGGUGCUGCAGAUGGUUCACGGGCUUGGGCCGAAAGUGUUGGUGAUGGUGGAGCAAGAUUCGGGUCAUAACGGACCCUUUUUCCUUGGGAGGUUUAUGGAAUCAUUGCAUUAUUAUUCUGCUAUAUUUGACUCAUUGGAUGUUAUGCUGCCCAAGUAUGACACUAAGAGGGCAAAGAUGGAGCAGUUUUACUUCGCCGAGGAGAUAAAGAACAUAGUGAGCUGUGAGGGGCCGUUGAGGAUGGAGAGGCACGAGAGAGUAGACCAGUGGCGGAGGAGGAUGAGCAGGGCGGGGUUUCAGGCUGCGCCGAUUAAAAUGGUGGCUCAGGCGAAGCAGUGGCUUCUGAAGAGCAAGGUUUGUGAGGGGUACACGGUGGUGGAAGAGAAAGGGUGUUUGGUUCUUGGAUGGAAAUCGAAGCCUAUUGUGGCGGUUUCUUGCUGGAAAUGCUGA